GUGUAUAUAUACGUAGCUCACUGAUCAAAACGACACCAGUGUCUGUAGUUUAUACUCACUCACACUCUUUUUCAUUUUUCUCUUGCUACUUUCGUCUCAAUUAGUUUUUGAGAUGAAUGCUCUCGCCGCCACAAAUCGCAACUUCCGUCAAGCGGCGCGCAUUCUCGGUCUCGACUCCAAGCUUGAGAAGAGCCUAUUGAUCCCGUUCAGAGAGAUUAAGGUGGAGUGCACGAUUCCGAAAGAUGAUGGAACGCUGGUUUCGUACAUUGGAUUCAGAGUGCAGCAUGAUAAUUCCCGCGGCCCCAUGAAAGGAGGGAUCCGAUAUCAUCCAGAGGUUGACCCUGAUGAAGUGAACGCCCUUGCUCAAUUGAUGACGUGGAAGACCGCGGUAGCAGAUAUUCCAUAUGGUGGUGCUAAAGGUGGAAUAGGAUGCACACCAAAAGAAUUAAGUAUUAGUGAGCUAGAACGUCUUACUCGUGUCUUCACACAGAAGAUACAUGAUCUCAUUGGGGUAAAUACUGAUGUCCCAGCGCCAGAUAUGGGCACUAAUGCUCAGACAAUGGCUUGGAUUUUGGACGAGUACUCAAAAUUUCAUGGUUACUCGCCUGCAGUUGUUACGGGAAAACCAACUGAUCUUGGUGGUUCACUGGGUAGAGAGGCAGCAACUGGGCGUGGAGUUGUAUACGCAACUGAAGCAUUGCUUGCUGAACAUGGAAAAUCAAUUAAGGGCUUGACUUUUGCCAUUCAGGGUUUUGGCAAUGUUGGAUCAUGGGCUGCAAGACUCUUCCAUGAAAAAGGUGGCAAGGUUGUUGCAGUGAGUGAUAUCACUGGAGCAGUGAGGAAUCCUAAUGGUAUUGACAUAAAGGCAUUACUUCAGCAUAAAGAGACAACAGGAAAGCUAGCCGAUUUCGACGGUGCUGAUGCAAUGGACUCAAAUGACUUGCUAACUCAUGAGUGUGAUGUUCUCGUGCCGUGUGCUCUUGGUGGUGUUUUAAACAGAGAAAAUGCUGGAGAUGUUAGAGCCAAGUUUAUCAUAGAAGCCGCUAAUCAUCCAACUGAUCCAGAUGCUGAUGAGAUUUUGUCUAAAAAGGGAGUUGUAAUACUUCCUGAUAUAUAUGCAAACGCAGGAGGUGUGACCGUUAGCUAUUUUGAGUGGGUGCAGAACAUUCAAGGAUUCAUGUGGGAUGAGGAUAAGGUGAAUAAUGAACUUAAGAGAUAUAUGACAAAGGCCUUCCACAAUAUCAAGGGCAUGUGCCAGUUGCAGGAUUGCAACCUUCGGAUGGGUGCAUUUACAUUAGGUGUCAACCGUGUUGCUCGUGCUACUCUACUGAGGGGCUGGGAAGCCUAGCAUCCUUGUUCACUUUGCGCCCUUCGAAAAGUUUCUUCGUAUGUGAACUUGCAUAAAGAAAUAAAUGUAGUAGUUUGAUGAGCGACUUUAUUGACUCAUUUUAUCAUGCUUCGUUGUGCAAUCUGGUUAACUACUGAUUUAUCUGCUUUUACAACCCCAUAAUCUGUAAGUUUCGUUUUAUAUUUUCACAAUACUUCA